AUGCCCCUCUUUGCUCCCGGCGGAUUACCAGGCAUUCUCUACUCUCAGCUCUUCGUCGAACCCCAACUCGAACCUAAUCUUUCCUUCACUGGCCAAACUGUCAUCGUCACCGGCUCCAACACAGGCCUCGGUUUCUUUGCCGCACAAGAGAUAGCCCAGCGCGGCGCAGCUAAAGUCAUCCUCGCCGUACAUACCAUCUCGAAAGGCGAAGCCGCCGCCCAGGCAAUCCGCGAGAGCCUUUCUCAGUCUCCACGCACGGCUACGGAGAUAGAAGUCUGGCAUCUCAACCUUUCUUCGUAUCAGAGCGUGAAGGAUUUCGCGGCACGGGCGGCGAAGUUGGACAGGUUGGACGUGCUGCUCGAGAAUGCUGGUGUAGCGACGCUGAAGUUCGAGAUCGAGGAAGAGGACGAGAUGAUGGUCACGACGAACGUGGUGUCCACGACAUUGUUGGCACUGUUGAUGCUUCCGAAGCUGAGAGAGACGGCGGAGAGGUUUGGAGUGAUGACGUAUCUGACGAUUGUGUCGUGCGAUUUGGCGUUCUUUGCGAAAUUUGAGGAGAGGAAUGCGCAGAAUAUCUUUGAGAAGAUGAAGGAUCCUAAGUCGAACUUGAUGGAUCGGUACGAUGUCUCGAAACUCCUCGACGUUUUCGUGGUCCGUGAAAUCGCCACUCGCAUAUCCACUUCUUCCUCCACCAAACCCACCGUCAUCGUCAACGCUGUCAAUCCCGGUAUCUGCCAGACGUCUCUCCGACGCAACUUCACCGGCUUUCAAGCAAACGCUAUAGCAUUCGUGGAGUCUCCUCUAUAUCGCAAGGCCUCCAUUGGUGCUCGCACGCUCGUCCACGCCGCUUCUGCCGGUAAAGAGUCUCACGGACAGUAUCUGAGCGACUGCCACGUCUCUCUGUCUCCGUUGGAUAUCAAGAAAUGGGGUAAUGAAGAAGAGCUGAGGAAGAGGAUCUGGGGUGAACUGAUGAUGAAGUUGGAGAGGGUAGAGCCGGGGGUCUCGCAAAUUGUCUAG